UGUUGGACUGAAGAGAAACCAACUUAAAAAAAUUCCAUAAUGACUUGAACUAUUUAGAGAAACUGUUUAAUAUGCUUACAGAUAUUUUGCAGUUGUGCAAAAAAAAACUAAUGUAGUAAAACUGCUAAAUACUAAGAAAGAGCAAAUGUUAAUAAUUAAAUAGUCAUUGAAUCUUUGAAAAAUAAAUCAUUACUUGAUGCCCUGAGCUACUGGUUGGUGUUUUUAUGAUGCACGCAGCAGAAUUUCAGCUGCUGAAACUGGGCAUCGUUUCCUGUGGCCCGCUCUUACAUCAGCCACCUCUUCUGUCUCCGUUUUUGGGGCCCGGCAGCCAUAAGCUGCACCAACACAUCAUUUUGCUUUCAAACGCCCUCCAGAGCCGUUUCAAAGUUAGUGGUUUAUGGCAACUGCUCUGAGCUCGGCUGGUUUCUGUAAAUGUUUAAUUUCCUCUUUUCCCUUCUUUUCCUGAAGGGGUGGCGAAGAGCUUAACGAAUAGACUCCUGCAGUUUUGCCCUCCAGAGGAGAGCGUUAAACAGGUGAAGCUGAACACUGCUCUCAUUAGUCACACAUGCAGUCACCUGCCACUCACCAGGGACUGACGCCACAGAGCUGAAAGUUUACGCAGCUUUUUCUACCCAAACUCUGGAGACUCUAAGGGAAUGGCUCAGCUUCUGUAACUGGAUUUUAAGUCUUUUUCCAUGUGAUCAUGGCCAGCAUGGGAGUGGAGCUCCUGGGCUUCUUCUUAGGACUGCUGGGCUUUACAGGAACCGUGGUGGCAACCGUGCUCCCCCAGUGGUGGAGCACGGCCUUUGUGGGCUCCAACAUCAUGUCAGUCACGGCGUACAUUAAAGGCCUGUGGAUGGAGUGCGUCUGGCACAGCACUGGGAUUUACCAGUGUCAGCUGUACAGAUCCAUGCUGGCGCUGCCGCCCGACAUGCAGGCUUGCCGGGCUCUCAUGGUAGUCUCCUGCCUCUCCUCGGUUGUUGCAUCUGUGAUUGCUGCGACGGGGAUGAAGUGCACGCGGUUUGUUCAACGCUCUCAGGUCAAAAGUCGUCUGGUGUUGAGCGGUGGGAUUUGUUUUCUCUGCGCUGCCUUUUUGUGCCUGGUCACUGUGUGCUGGACCACCUAUAGUGUCGUCAUGCAGUUCUACGACCCGUUCCUCCCAGGUGGGGUGAAGUACGAGAUCGGCCUCUCUGUGUAUCUCGGCUUUGCCUCGACCUGCCUCAGCCUGACUGCUGGGCUGGUGCUGUGCUGGAGCAGCAGAGGUGUAGACUCACGGAGAAGGCCGCCAUCAGUGCCUCCCUCUGCCAACAGACAUGCCCCCGCUCCACUCUAUGGGUCUCCAGACACCCUGAAGGACAACCACACACCUCCAUUCUGCUGCUUCUCAAACAGCGGAUAUAACCUUGAUAAUUACUUUUAGGAUUACUGAUAACUGUUGUGUUUAAAUCAUAAUUUACUGCAAAUCCCAUUAAACAUAAUUAAAUAUUAUAAUUCAAAAUCUAAUACUUUUUCUGAGUAAAUACUUGACAAAAAUAGAAAAACUAGAAGUUUCAUUGACGCUGGUUAGUUUGUUAUUCUGUAGUGCUCACAAAAGCCCAGAAGGUGGCGAAGUUCUACAAGAAACAGCAUAAAUACACUAGACCAGAGGUGUGCAACCUGCAGCUCUAGAGCCUCAUGUGGCCCUUUUACCCCUUCAUUGUGGGUCUUUGGUUAAAUAAAAUGUUUUUAAAAUUGUAAAAAUUAACUGUAAAAGAAAAAGUAAGUAGGUAGUAUAGUAAAAUAACAAAAAUGUAUAUUAACUUAAACUUUAUUCAAGUCAUAUACAAACGGCUGAAGAACGGUAUGAAUCAUUCAACAAGGAUCCUGCCAUCAGUAGCCAUAAUUCUCUAUCAAUCCUUCAAUCCUUUAUAGUUUAUUGACACAUUAUGACUUAAUAUUGAGUUUCAUUUAUUACAGAAAAUCAAUUUAUUGUCAGAAAUCACAACUAGAAUUAAAGUCAUUUUAAAUUAUAAUCCAUAUGAUUAUAAAGCUGGUUUUCUAUUGUGGAGCAAAUUCAAGGAUUUAAAUUGAUUAUAUUUUUGAAUUUGUGGCUGAAAUGCACCAGAAACAGUAACAUAAACAGUUUUUUUUAAAUAUAUAUCAAAGAUGACUACACUUUACUGCAUUUGCUGCAUUGCCAGGAUCCUAUGGUGUAUAGCAGAAGCUAUAGCUGAAGAUGCUGAUGUUGAUAGCCAGCUAAAAUAUUAGCUUUUGUUUUAUUUUUUUUUUAAAAAAAAAAUUAAAACAAAAAAAAUGUAGCUUAGCCAAAACAGCUAGCGUGGUAGCUGAAAAAGUAGCUAAACUUUAAAAUAUCCUUUAAUAAUAUGUAUAAUAGCUUACAGAAAAAUUCAGCCAAAAAAAGCUAUAAUGAAAAUAUUAGCUGACCUUCAA